GUUUAGUUCAUCUCCUUCGGCAACAGACUACAACUUUUGUUCCUUCCCUUUGAAGUAAUCAGAUCCCGUGGCAGUGGACUACAAAACUCUUCUUGGAAUAGAAUUCUUCUUCGUCUCGAACUCAUCUGCGUUUCCAACUCCAGCUCAUAUGUAUAUCCUGAUUUCAAUACUUAUCCAGCCAAUAUUGGGUUGCUUUGAACAAUAAAAUGAGCAUAUCCGUAAAGAAAAACUCUAUCUUAUGGAAUUUUUUCAUAGGCUGCCAGAUUACUUUCAGGAGAUAAAUUUUCAGACUUCUACUUGACAUAGGAAUCUAGCAUUAUAUAUAGAGUGCUAAAAUCCAGAUUUGUUUUCGUACUCAGACGAAAAUCAGCGUCCUAAACAUUCUUCUCGUUGUUCCCUUUGUUUGGUGUUGAAGUGUUGUUCCCUUUGUUUGGUGUUGAAGUCUUGGGAGUUGUUUGAUUAGAAUAAGAGCUUGAGAUCGAUCAUCAUCCUUCAUAGUUGCUUGAAAUCAGUUUUCUGCAUCCUGCCAGGUGUUCGAUGAAUUGUCUAUGAGACAAAAUUUCUCAUCUUCAAGCUUGUUUCUUAAUUUUUUUUUUGCUGCGUUUUUUUUUUACAACAGGAGCCUGGCGUUGACUGUUGCAUUCGGGAAUUGGAGACUUUGCACGCAUCAAUCUUGGAGCUUUGGUUGGCAUCUUUGGAGCUUUGCACCUAUCAAUCAAGGGGCUUUUCUUGGAGCUUUGGAGCUUUGCACCCAUCAAUCAAGGAGCUUUUCUUGGAGCUUUGGAGCUUUGCACCCAUCAAUCAAGGAGCUUUUCUUGGAGCUUUGGAGCUUUUCUUGGAGCUUUGGAGUUUUUGCACCCAUCAAUCAAGGAGCUUUUCUUGGAGCUUUGCACCCAUCAAUCAAGGCGCUUUUCUUGGAGCUUUGGAGCUUUUGCACCCAUCAAUCAAGGAGCUUGCUUGGAGUUUUUGGAGCUUUGGAGCUUUGGAGUUUUUGCACCCAUCAAUCAAGGAGCUUUUCUUGGAGCUUUGGAGCUUUGCACCCAUCAAUCAAGGAGCUUUUCUUGGAGCUUUGGAGCUUUGGAGCUUUUGCACCCAUCAAUCAAGGAGCUUGCUUGGAGUUUUUGGAGCUUUGGAGCUUUGGCACCCAUCAAUCAAGGAGCUUUGCUUGGAGUUUUUGGAGCUUUGGAGCUUUGGCACCCAUCAAUCAAGGAGCUUUGCUUGGAGUUUUUGGAGCUUUGCACCCAUUAAUCAAGGAGCUUUUUUUGGAGCUUUUGGAGACUUUAUCAUGGUUUUCUUCAUGGAUGUUUGUGUCUCCAAUCAAGAUUAUUUGGUUAUUUUGGACAACAAAGAGCAAUCAACUGACAAAGGAACGCGACUCAAAGUACACAAACCAUUGAUUGGUCAUUAUGCUAGAAGAUGGCCCAGAUUUACAAAUCCUUUACACAAAGCUAUGUGGACUCGGGAGGCUAGGCUAACCAAAACGACCACGGCUUGGACUUUGGAGGCGGCUCAUCAUCAACCAACUUACGAGGUGACUCCCUUAUUGACUUUGGGUCGACGGAUUGCCGAAGGGAACGCUAAGUGGAGGAAUGACAUGCAAUUUUUUGGAGAGUUUCGCUACAUCAAAGGAUAUUGGGAGUGGAGUGAAGAUGUCCUUAGCCGAUUUGCAAGCGAGCUUCGAACUGCCGGGAUUUAUGACCCUGUGUACGCUUCUCUCUUCACCUAUGAUCGCAACACCGAAGUGAUGAAGGCAUUUUGUGAAGCUUGGUGUCCGACAACCAACACAUUGUUAACUUUGAGCGGCGAACUGUCCAUUUCUUUGUGGGAUCUACAAUUCUUGUUCGGCCUUCCCGCCAUUGGCAGACUUUAUGACGAGGUGGUGCCUUGCACGAAGGAGCUUCUUGGCGUCACUCAGGAUGGGAGUCGAUUUGUUCCCGUGAGCUGCAAGUAUCUUCUCCACGCCUAUCAUGCUAUUGGUAAUGACAAUGGGAAGGCUCCAAGAUGCUCGGUCACAAUUGAGGAGUGGAUCAAGUUUUGGUCCAAGAAGAAGUCAAGGUAUCAACCACCUCCACCACGCAAGGAGAAGAAGUCGGUGCGGUCUAAAGCUACACACAAUCCUACCGGCGAGCUUCGAGCUCAUGAACCAUGGUCGUCUGUCGAGAAGGGUUUAUUUGUGAAGCUUAAGAUUGACGAGAGUUAUUGGGACGAGACUUACUUGGCGGCGUAUCUUGCUUGUUGGCUGUGCUCUUUCGUUCUUCCUGAAGGUGACGCCACAUUGAUUAGGCCGAGCACAUUUAAAAUGGCGUGCAUCAUGGCGUCUCAACAAAAGGUGGUUCUCACCGUUCCAGUCUUGGCUAGUAUCUUUCGAGGUUUAAACAAAAUUUCGGAUUCCGUGGAGCCUUUUCGACUUCGAGCAGCUUUUCCCGCCCACUUCGUCUACGCAUGGAUGGCUUAUUACUUCAAGAUCCAUUUUCCACUUGAACGAGACUCUUGCACUCCCAAGAUGGUUCAAUACUCGGGAGAAGGAGGUGCGAGAUUUUAUGACGAUGUGAAAGCUCGCAAGCAAAUUCGUAAAGGCGAUCAAGUUGCAUGGAGUUGCACGAUGUAUAGUUGGGACAAAGACAUCUCUUUCAUCGAUGAUGAGAAUGCAAAGGAGUCCGACUUUUGCUACUUUAUGGCUGUCCGUUCCAACUAUCUAACUCGGAGAUUAGAAGAUGGUUUUGUUGUUGAGCCUUAUAGUCCACAUCGCUUUAGUCGCCAAUUUGGGUUCUACCAAGUGAGGCCGGGUGUUCUUUCUCACAAUUUCCGAAAAGCUUCUUUGGAAGAAGGUCUUAAAUAUUGGGAUGCAACUGUGCUGCGUAAGUCUGCGUCCAAAGCUCUUCUCCCUUGCGUGCCUUUGACCGUGAAAAAGCUUUCAAGUGCGGAUUACAAAGAUUGGCGGAGUCAAGUGUAUAAACGCUCAUUUGAACAAAACGUGAUACAAGUUCCGCCAAAAACAAAUGGUGUUUCGAAGAAUCGAGACAAGGCCGACCAACUUGUUCCUCCCAAGGAAAAACGUAAAGUGGAUGCGGCUCCCUUGGGUGGCGUCAAUAGUAGCAGCGGUGAGCGUCAUUGGAAAAGGAAACGUGUCGAGCCUGUGGAAUUUGUUGAUGAACAUUCUCAAGGUGAACAUCAUGAUUCGAGCAAGACUGUGACAAAGACGCAUGAGGAGGUUCUUGAGGUCGAAGAGCAAGUCCAAGGCGAUCGUCGCAAUCCUUCUUUUGUUGUAGAUGAGGCACGUGAAGAGGCUUUUGAUGUUGAUGCCGAGGAAAGUUCGCAGGAUAACUUUGAGUCUAUUGAGGGUGAUCAUUUGAAUGCAAUUCCUGUUCUUAAUGAGAAAGCAAGUGAUGCACCCACGACUAAAGUUGGAGCCAAGGUUGGAGCCAAGAUUGGAGCUAAGAUUGGAGCUAUCUCUGAAUUCAACAGCACGAGUAUUUUUUAUGCUCAAAUCAGAUUAUGCCUCAAAAAUAUUUGGGGUGUUCUCCGUGACAAGAUAGUAAGGAUGCCAGCACAACAUCUAUCAUCUAUCGAGGAGGAGGUACGAGUUGGCAUAUCUCGUAUGAAGGGGUUGUCACAAGACUUUGAUCUUUCUCAUCUUGAAGCUAGUAUUGACACACUUUUUAUCCGAGCUGCUACAUAUGACAAGGCAAGGUUGGCAUCUCAUGAGUUUGGGGCGAGUUCGGGGCAACAAUUUCGCAACAACAAGGCUCGCCUUCAUGAUGCUUGGGUUAAAGAAAAGGAAGAGAUUGCUCAAGUCAAAGAUAUUAAAAAGGAGCUUGCCGAGCUAAAGGAGCGGAAAGAUGCGUUGAUCAAAUCUUUGAGGGAUCAUAGUGAAGUGCUUCAAACAACUCGAGAUGAGAUCACGGGACUCAAUGGAGCAAUCGAAAAGUACAAGAAUUCUCCUCUUAUUGAUGAUGAGAUAGUGAAGAAAGAGAAGGAUUCAGAGCGUCUCUUGAUGGUUGCUCAAAAAUCAUUGGAAGAUCAAGACCCAUUUGCUUAGCUUUGUUUGGUUUAUUGCUACUUCUCUUUAUUUUUUGCACUUUCAUUUGGUUGUUUUGUCGUAGUAAACACUUAUGCAAUAAAGUAUUUGCCACAUUUGCUUUCUUCA